UGGGUGUCCGAAGCCUCUAACUGUCAGAGGCUGGGAGUGGAUGACCGGGUGGAUAACUCAGUAAUUGCCAUGUUCUGCUUAUUCCCUCUAAAGCAUCUGGCACUGGCCAGUCGGAAGACAAGAUACUGUGCUAGAUGGACCAUUAGUCUGACCCAGUUUCGCCAUUCUUAUAUAAUGACUGCACUUUCUUUAUUUGCAUCAACAACUUGGCUUAAUUUGAAUGUUUGAGUUCAAUUGCAUUUAAAUCUCCACCACCAUUAAAGAAUUUAGUCUUCUGAGGUGUAGAUGGGCUGGGAUCUUCCCAAACUGAGACAGCAGCUUGAAUACACAAGCAGAGACUAAAAUUGACAUAUAAUGCUUAUUGCUUGGUUUUCAGUGCCCCUGACAAGGUAUGAACCUCUCUCUCCACACACAGGAGGACCCGGUCCCUUACAUUAAUGAAUUUUGUGUAUGGGAGACUAUACAGUACACUUGGUCGUAAAUUACAAUUAGGUUAGUAUUGAUUAUAAAUCAGACAGCACUAGAAUGAAAUCACUGGAGCCAGUAUUUCACCCUAUAUGAGCCUGAUCCUUAGUUGGUGUAAAUCAGUAUAGUUCCAUGAAAAGAGGACGUGGUCCAGUGUAGCAUUUGAACAGGGAGAAAAUGUUUAAAAUGUAGACCCCCUAAAAGUUAAGGGCUUUCCAGUAGAAAUAUUGGCACAACUUCAGGUAGACAACACCAGCAGAGCAUAAGGCAAGUGUCCAAAUCUAGUAUCCCAUUUGAACUGCUAACCGGAUUUGAAUUUUCAAUAAAUAUUAAAACCAGUUGUUUAAUCCAUUGAGUGAAGACUUUUCCAGUCUUACUCCCUUACACUUUAUAUUUCUUGUAGUAGUAGAAUAUCUUGAGAUCCUUGAAACGCACCUAUUCUUCAAUUCUCUAUUUUUAUAUGAUAACUCUUUGCUGUCAGCUGUCACUUCCUUGUGAAAAGCCUAUACCUGGCACUGGCAUCAAUCAGGUAGUAUUUCUAUUCUGGAAAGCUUCGUUUCCUAUCUGUAUUAAGGGAAGAUGCGUACAACCACUGCUCAAUAAUAACCUGAUAUAUAAACUGGAUCUUUAACCGUAGUCAGCUUCCAGUUCAGGAAGGGAAUAAGACUGGCUCAGUGAUUUGAAGUAAACCUAUUAAUAGGUUUAAAAAAAACCCACUUAUGUUUGAGACAGGAACACAACCUGCUACUGGGAAGUGCAUUGGUACUAAUGCAGAAACUCCUGCUUCAUCUAGCACAAGGGUUGAGAUCUUCAAAGUACACUUGGGACAUUUAGACACAUUCUCCCCUCUUACUCCUGGGAUCUUGCCAAAGCCCGUGAGCCUGCUGAAAAUUUGUAUCCAGGAGGAAGUUAACUAGUGGGACAGCCAGAAAGCAUAAGCUUUGUUAGUGAUUGGACUCGGCCGGGGGCCUGGUAAAAGUAAAGAAAUGAACGUGAGCAAGAGUAUAUGAACAUCUUCGCAAAACAACUUGUGAUUCUUCUGCUAACCAGAAAUUCUUCUCUACUGAGUGCUUUUGAAACUCUCACCCCUAAGCUACUUAACUGCACAGGUCCCGUUGAAAGUCAGUGGUACUUAUUCUCCUGAGUCCCUUUUGGGAAUCCAUAAUGGUGUAAAUGUGCACGCAGAGGACUUCUAACCACCUGCUUCAAAGGCAACCUGCUAAAUCCUGUGCUGGGUUGCUGCACGAGGCUUUGAAUACAAUCUAAUUUGUUGAGCUGAGCUCUAAAGAUCGAACCAAUACUUUCUUUUUUUUCCUAACCAAGCUAUGAAAAUGUUUUUAAGUCUUUAAAAUAGAUUGUAGUGCAAAUAUAGUAAGGUCUCCUGUUAAGUUGAAUGGAAUCUUCCUUAAGGGAAGGCACCGCAGGUGUUUUGAUUUCAGCCAAAUGAGUAGCCCUUUAAAUUGUGAGUUGUCCCAGCAGAAAAGCCAGCCUCCUGAGAGUGCAGCCAAUGGGAGCAAGAGAAAGAUGGCCUGUUGCUGUCUGUUGCUUACAAGCUGUCUUCCUGCUGCUGCUGCUGCACUGCACCAGGGAAGGGAUGGCUGCUGUUACUGGCUUGCUGGAGUGGGUUUUUGGCCUGUACUUUCUCACUCAUAUUCCCAUCACUUUAAUGAUAGACCUGCAAGCACUUGUACCUGGAGCUGGCAUCCACCCUCAGAGUCUGACGGAGUUGUUAAAAUGGUACGCAGUUACCUUUAAAGAUCCCAUGAUGCUGGAGCCCCCUGCAUGGUUUAAGUCAUUUAUAUAUUGUGAAGCCUUCUUACAAAUGCCUUUCUUUCCCAUUGCAGCCUAUGCAUUCUUAAAAGGUGGCUGCAAAUGGAUACGGACUCCAGCAAUGAUCUACUCCAGUCAUGUAGCUACAACUGUAUUUCCUAUCCUUGCACACAUCCUGUUUCAUGAUUUCUCAGCAUCCAAGCAUCAGGGUCCAGAGACACAGCAGGAACGCCUUACUCUGUUAUCCAUCUAUGUGCCGUAUUUGCUGAUUCCAGUUCUGAUCCUGUUUACCAUGUUGUACAGCCCCCAAUACAACCAGGUGGAGAAAAGGAAAAAGAACUAAUGGUGAAUCAAAACAGCCUAAACAUUUAGCCCCAUAUGUUCUCUGAAUCUUCUCCGUCCAGCUCCUGUGGGAUAAGUACCCAUCUAGUGCAGGCUGCUGCCCCAAUUCACACCGGUAUGAGUCCCAAAUAGAAGGCUUGAAUUGGCUGGAAGUCCCUGCUCUUCCCAAAACAAGUAGCCAUUCCCCCUGCUGCUGUGGCUAGAGGGACCUAACUUCUCUGGGGCUGGCAAAUGGGUGUUUUUCCAUCAGUGCGAACAAAAUAAAGAAGUAAAGCCUUUGACGUACAAUACUGAAACUAGAGCACUGCACUUGCGUUCUGCCUCCUUUUCAGCUGCUCUCCUCUCAUAGUAAAUAUAUCUGUGUGAGAAACCAGGGAUCCCCCGUCUGUUUAAAAAUAAGACACACGAGAGGCUGCAUAACUGUGUGUUAUGACUUAAUUAACUACAAGCAGCUGGGGAGCAGAGAGAGGAACAUGUUGUUCUGUAUCAUUAUUAUUAGACGUAAAAACAGGGUCUGGUUCUGCCCUCAGAUACAUAUGCACGCUCCCAUUGGCUUAGGUAUGGCUGGGGCAGAACCUGGCCCAUGAAAGUUAAGAGUCUGAUGGAGUAUAUGUUAAUGCAACCAAGUCACCUAGUUGUGUAAGUCUUAAAAUUUCAUAACUUUGAACUUGUGGGUCAAAACUCUAGCCACUUCAUUAUGUAUGUUUGAUUUUGUGCCUGGCCACACUGGCUCCAAGCCCUCAAACAGCCCCUUAUAUACCAUUGCCUUCCAUCUGGAAUAACACUAUGAUCCUUUUUUAAAGAUUCUGCAUGUGCCAGCUCCAUUUUUGAUUAUGAAGUUGAAUCACCAGUUUGAGUAAAUUUCAAGAUCUGCCUGAUUUCUGAAUGCUAAAACGUAACCUACUUUGACAUACAUCUGCUUUUUUGUAUAGCACCUUUCUUCCCAAAGGGUCCUGAAAUCUUUUCCUAAUUGUGUAUGAGGGAUCUUUUCACCUGCUUCUGACCUGUAGCAUCCCUCCCAGCAGUCCUGGGUUUCGUGGGGCUGUCCUACUUUGACCCCAAGCCUGUCUCAGUUGAAGUGAACAUUUCCCACAUUCAGGACUGCCUGGGGAGGGGCAGUUUGUCCUGAGCCUGCCGUUUGAGAGGGCCCCAAACCUAGUGGUGGUGUGACCUGGUGCAGGGCAUUGCAGCGUGACUUAGGUUUGGCCUGUCCCCCCUUUUAUUUCCAUCUACAGAGGGGCAGAUGGCCCAAACCUGAGUGGCACUGCAUCCACCUUUUAGCCACUUGAAAGGUUGAGGUAAGCUGCAGCUGCACCUGGGAUGAAAUGCACAAAUGCAGUCCAGUCUUCUGUUCCAAAUCUCUUCCAAAAGGUUGAGCAUUAGCCUCGAAAUGGUGGUAACAUCACUUGUUUAUGAUGUCAAGGAUUAUUCUGUCAUCCAAGUGCCAGGGUCUAAAUUACAAAGGCUGACAGUUUCAUGCCUGGUUGCCUACACGUAGGCACAUCUAAACACUUAAUAAGCAGCCUGACUUCUAUGUCAGGUGCUGAGCACCUGCAACUUCUGUUGACCUUAACGCAGAGGUGGGCAAACUACAGCCUGCGGGACCAUCCUGCCUGGCCCCUGAAUUCCUGGCCAGGGAGGCUAGCCCGUCCCCUCCCCUGCAACCUCAGCAUGAUGUGACGUCAAUGCUCUGGCUCACUGCUCCUGCCGGGCAGGGCGGCAGUAUGGUUGUAAGCUUCUGCUGCUCUGAGUGGUGUGGUAAGAGGGCAGAGAGCGGGUGGGGAGAGUCGGCUAAGGGGUAGAGGGUCCAGUCAGGGGACAGAGGGUGGUUGGAUGGUGCAGAGGUUUGGGGGCAGGGAGAUCAGGAGAUGGGGAGCAGGGGGCGUUGGAGGGUUCUGAGCAGGGCAGUCAUGGGGUGGGAAGUGGGUGGGGGCCAGGCUGUUUGGGGAGGCACAGCCUUCCCUAUCCAGCCCUCCAUGAAGUUUCACAACAGCGAUGUGACCGUUGGGCCAAAAAGUUUGCCCACUCCUGCCUUAACAGGAUUUGGGAGGGCUCAGCUCUUCUGGAAAUCAGUCCAUUCAUACUCAGAUAUCUAAAUGUGGAUUUUGGAACCUAGCUUUAGGCAUCCAUUGUCUAAAUCUGUUUACACUUAACAUCUGCUCAUGCCACAAAGACUUCAGGCUGGGCUGUCGUAUUAGUUGGCAGCUUAGAGCACUGUUAAAAAUUCCCAGGAACCUGUCUGUGAGCCUCAGGCAUAAUCCAUCUUGAAUUCUGCUGUAUGUUUUCCAGUUUGGGAUUGUCGUGAGUGGGUUCUGUAAGUCACAAACUUGCCUGUGUUUUUUUUUUUUUAAACUGGACAGCAAUUCUCUUCUGUCAGUCCAAAUAAAAACAAGCUGUUGGUGCUGCUUA